GUCUCUGGCGCUCAUUGUGCUGGCCAAUCAGAAGGGAUAACUGUGGGGCGGGGACUGCCUGUCUCCAUGAAUACCAGCUGCUGAGGCUGGGCCAUCUCCUCCUUGCCUCCAUUCCUGACGGCAGUCUGGGGCUCCGAGUCCACAACUGAGGGGCUCAGGAUGCUGUUGCUGGGAGCUGUUCUACUACUGCUGGCCCUGCCUGGUCAUGGCCUGGAAACCACUGAAGGGCCUGGAGUCCCGCAUCCCCUGCCCAAGGGGGCCUGCGCAGGUUGGAUGGUGGGCAUCCCGGGGCAUCCUGGCCACAAUGGGAUCCCUGGCCGAGAUGGCAGAGAUGGCGCCCAUGGUGAGAAGGGUGAGAAAGGAGAUCCAGGUCUUGCUGGUCUUAAGGGUGACACUGGUGAAACUGGAGUGACUGGGAUUGAAGGUCCCCGAGGCUUUCCAGGAAUCCCAGGCAGAAAAGGAGAACCUGGAGAAAGUGCCUAUGUAUACCGCUCAGCAUUCAGUGUGGGACUAGAGACCCGGAGCACCGUCCCCAACGUUCCCAUUCGCUUUACCAAGAUCUUCUACAAUCAGCAAAACCACUAUGACAGCACCACUGGCAAAUUCCACUGCAACAUUCCCGGGCUGUACUACUUCUCCUACCACAUCACAGUCUACCUGCAGGACGUGAAGGUCAGCCUCUACAAGAGGGACAAGGCCGUGCUCUUCACCUAUGACAAGUACCAGGACAAGAACGUGGACCAGGCCUCUGGCUCUGUGCUUCUCCAUCUGGAGAAGGGUGAAGAGGUCUGGCUUCAAGUGUAUGGGGAUGGAGAGAAUAACGGGGUCUAUGCAGACAAUAUCAAUGACUCCACCUUCACCGGCUUCCUUCUCUACCACGACACCGAGUGAGCACCACUAACUCAUAAUCUCCACCAUGCCAAACGGCCCUAAGUCAAAGGAGAGCCCACAGGUCUUCAAUUCAUUAGGAGACUGAUUUUGUUAUCUAGUUAGAGGGCUCUGAACAUCUUGCAUUCAUUCAUUCAUUCAUUCAUUCAUUCAUUCAUUCAUCAAGUACCUUUAUUAAAAAAUCAUACACUGUGUUCCCAGGACAGUCCUGAAGAAGGCACGUCCCUUGGCCUCAAGGAGCUAUUAUGAAGUGGUCAUAGAAGGAUAAAAACAUUUACUGGGGAGUUUCACAUACAUGACAAGAUAACCAACUACAGGAAAGUAGCUGACAGUGCUAUUCUGUGCCCACUGUUUUCCCUCAUGUUCAUGCCAGUCCUGUGAAAUACACAGGAAAGAUACUAUUCACCUCUUGAGGAUGAGAGAGUUAAGUGAAUGCCUAAGGUCACACAGGCAUUAGGUGGCAGAGUUAGAAAUCAGACCCAGGGCCAUGGACUUUUUCCAGUAUACUGUGCCCUUUUUAACGAGUAUAUGGCUUUUUAGGGGAUGUUGGUAGGGGUCUCCCACCCAGCUCGCCCAGGGGCCGUUGAAUUAGGCUUCACCAUGCACUAACCCUUUCCCUGGCAGAGCUUCCUCAGAGAAGGUGCCUCUUUGACUAGGUCCCAGUCCAGGUGGACUAUGCAGUGGCCCCUGCACUACCCUGUACUUCCUCUUCUCUGUCUUUCCCCACGCUCUUCUCUCUGGCCCUGAACAUCAACCCCAUCUCCACAUGCUAAAAUCUUCCCUGUUCCUCAAGACCACCUGGUCAAGAAGCUUCUCUAAUGUGAUGUCUCUUUUCUGCAAGCCUUCCUCGCACUCUGUGCCCCUCCACGUGUUACCUGGCUGAGAGUCCUGGGUCUGGGAGACAUCCUCCCCCGGGCCAGGGCCAACUGUCCAGAAAGAACGGUGCUUGCUUCAUCCUGAGUCCCCUGGCAGGUCCUUGAUAAAUGCCAGAGACCAGACUCUCGAACCUCACAUCUGCCCAGAAUUUACUUCAUUUCAGUCUCCAUAUAACCAAUCCUUCUCUAUAAAAACAUUUUCAUUUUAGGAACUUCUUGAUUUUAAACACCCAGUCUUUGUUCCACUGGAUAACUUGAAUCUUUUCCACUGAGGUGAGGAGUGACUGUGCUUUCCAGAACACUUAGAGAAUUUUCCCUCAAGGAAGUAGCUUGAGCUUGCAACACAAAACCCAUGAAGGAAUUUGGAAACUGUUUUUACUUUGAGUACCAGCAGGGUCUGGGAAGACUUGGGCCUCUUAAAUCUACUCUUAUUCUUUUAAGUACAAAAAAAAAAAAAAAGAGAGAGAAGAAAGAAAAAAGAAAAUGAUAA